AUGGCGUCGUUCUUCAAUUUUUAUUUUUUUAACAUCCAAAACCCUCUGCUUAUUCUUUCUUCUUUCUGGUCCUGUGGUCCUUCUUUGACCUUCAUUGUCUUCUUUUAUUCCACCUUCUGCUCGCUUUCUAUUACUUUGGCCUCCAAUUUUUCGUUUUUGCCUUUGUUUACAGUUAUCUCUCCCCCUGUUUCCUCAUUGAUACUCACCAACGCUUCUGUCACCUCUACCCUCAGCAUCACAGCCACCUCUGCAAUUACUACUUCUGUCAGCAUAUUAUUCAAUUCCAUCCUACCCAUCUUCUCCACCACUCUCAUUAGCAAAAAUAUAUGCAUCACAUCCCAUAUCUCCAUCUAUCUAUCUAUCUAUCUAUCUAUCUAUCUAUCUAUCUAUCUAUCUAUCUAUCUAUCUGUGUUCACUCUCUCACAGACGCGCCGUCGCCUCUCUCUGUCUUUUCUACAAAUACUUUCAUGGUAA